GCGGGAUGUGUGCAGGGCUGAUCCAGAGCGGGCGAAAGACUCAUACUCUCUCUGCACUUCUCUGAGGAAGCAGGAUCCAGGAGCUGCUGCUCUCCUCCUGGGUAUUGCUGGAUAAACCAAAUGAAUUCGGGCAUAAGGAAAAGUGAACACAAAAAAGAAAAACCCGAGUGAGUCCAGAGGGACAGAGCUCCAGAACUGGACGUGUCCUCCCAACAUGGCCUCCACCGCCUCCCCUCUGCUGCCCACCACCAAGGUCGCCAGUUCUGAGAACAGCAGCUCUUUCUAUGACUAUGAGUACUACCUGGACCAGGUGACCUUCAUGCUCUGCAGGAAGGACGAGGUGCUGGCCUUUGGCAGGAUCUUCCUGCCAGUCUUCUACAGCCUGAUCUUUGUGCUGGGUUUGGGCGGGAACCUCCUUCUUCUAGUGGUCUUGCUUCGGUAUAUACCUCGCAGGCGGAUGACUGAGGUCUAUCUGCUGAACCUGGCCAUCUCCAACCUCCUGUUUGUGGUGACACUGCCUUUCUGGGGCAUUUCUGUGGCCUGGCAUUGGGUCUUUGGGAGUUUCUUGUGCAAGAUGGUGAGCACCCUCUAUACCAUCAACUUCUACAGUGGCAUCUUCUUCAUUAGCUGCAUGAGCCUGGACAAGUACCUGGAGAUCGUCCACACUCAGCCCCAUCACAGGCUGAGAACCCGGACGAAAAGCCUGCUCCUGGCUGCCAUGGUAUGGGCUGUGGCCCUGGCUGUCUCCAUCCCUGACAUGGUCUUUAUGCAGACACAUGAAAACCCCACAGGUGUGUGGAACUGCUAUGCAGAUUUUGGGGGUCAUGCGACCAUCUGGAAGCUCUUCCUCCGUUUCCAGCAGAACCUCCUGGGGUUUCUCUUUCCACUCCUUGUCAUGGUCUUUUUCUACUCCCGCAUUGGCUGUGUGCUGGUCAGGCUGAGGCCCCCGGGCCAGGGCCGGGCUCUAAGGAUAGUCGUAGCCCUGGUGGUAGCCUUCUUUGUGCUGUGGUUCCCGUACAACCUCACCUUGUUUCUGCACUCACUGCUGGACCUGCAAGUCUUUGGGGAAUGCAAGGUUACCAAGCACCUGGACUAUGCACUGCAGGUGACAGAGAGCAUCGCCUUCCUUCACUGCUGCUUCACCCCCAUUCUCUAUGCUUUCUCCAGCCGCCACUUCCGCCAGUACCUGAAGGCUUUCCUCGUCACUGUGCUCAGGCGGCCCCAGGCACCUGGCCCUGCACAGGCCCCUCUGUCCAGCAGCUCUGAGAGUAGCAGGCUCACUGCCCAAGAAGAAAUGACUGGCAUGCAUGACCUCAGGGAGAGGCAGGCUGAGCGCUCACCCAACAAGGGUGAUAUGGGGGAAAAUCAAGCCUGAGUGGCCAUACCACAGUCCGGUGAGAGUGGAUGGGACCUAGCUCAGUUGGGCAUCCACCCAGACUCCUCUCUCCAGAGGCCUCAGGGACCAUGUUGCCACGUCCCGUGGUUGGUUCUCAGUGCUCCACCAUCAGCGGCAUCUGCCUACUCUUGCCUCCUUCCUCCACUUUCUUUACUGCCUUCCAGGAAACCAUACUCUCUUGCAUGAAUUGCUAGAGUAGUUUCCCAACUGACCUCUGUGCUUCUUGUCAUCAUGCUCUCCUGUCGUCUAAUCCAUGCCCACCAGCCAGAACGAUCACCCCACCCUCAGCCAUCACUUCCAUCUUCCUCAGAGUAGCCCAAGGCUUGCCACCCACCAGUCGGCUCCCUUCCCUGGAGCUCAGCUGGGGCAAUAUUGCUGCAACAUUGUUCAAUGUCACAGCGUUGAUGGUAGCUCCAAGAGGCUGGCGAGCAGGAGGGGCUGGAAGUGCCCCACAUGGGGAACUUCCCCAGAACGUGAGAGUUGGCAGGUGGAAGGCGGAGUGAACACAUGUUCCCAACAGUCCAGGAGGCUCAUCCUCCCUCUGCUUCCCAUGCCCCCUCCCUGGAGCCUUCGGGGGUCCCUGGGGCCUGCACAACCAAGUCCAAAGUCUGUCCAGCUUUGAGCCUGGAGCUCUCACAAGGAGAAUCCCAUACACCAGCUUACCCUUAUGCCCUUCGUUACUUUUCAUUUCCUGGACACCAGGCACCCCUUGUUUCUUGCACAUUCCCUCCUCCAUGUUUUGUGCUUGCCCACUCUCUUGUGUAACAGGGGUCACUUUUCAGCCAGCUGUCCAUUCAUCUUUGUGCUGUCAUGGAAUUCUGCUUGCUCUGGGACACCACUUGUUGUUCACUCUGCCCUGUGCUUGGGUGGAGCUCAGGAAGAGCACAGGACUUGGGCCAGUUACAGCCUCACUUUUCCUGGCAUGGUGAUUCAUUUAGGAUGGGCACAGGACCCAGGUAGAGCUUGUGAAAUGCGGCAACUAGAACAUGCUAGAACAGAGGCAUGAGACUGAAGCCAAGAGGAUGUGCAGUGUGGGGGUGCUCCUUCAUCAACUCGAACUUCAGAGGGUGAGGUGAUAGCACUGUGAAUGAGCAGACCCCGAGGGCAGUGUGGAAGUCCCAGAAUCUAGGUGGAAGCUCAUCCCAGUCGUGGACUUGACGGUUACACGAACCAAUAUAUUCCUUCACAUGGUGAUGUUCUGUUACUUGCAAUCCAAGGAUUCCUGGCUGAUAUACCCUGCCUGGGUGCUUCCCUUUUCAUGUCUCCAAUGGUUAGCAUCCUCCCUGGCUAUUGAAAACCUUUCCCCAGGGAGCUCCUGGCACACAGUGACAUCUCUCUUUCCUGAGUUUCUAAAGCACUCACUGCUUUUCCCCACCUACAAAAACCACCUGGUAUAACCUGCCCACAUCCUGCUGUGCUGGUCCUGAAAAACCCAGCACAGAGCCUAGCAGACGGUAAUGCACGGAAGGAAACUUACAGGUGGAUAGACUGGAGGACAAGAGAACACAGGGCUGGGUAUAUGCAAGCUCCAGGAGAGCAGGGACUUUGCCAUGUAUUAAAUCGAUAUCCCCUGUGCUUAAGUCAGUGCUUAGAAUAUAGCGGAGGCUCAUUAAGUAUAUUUUUAAAUGAAUGACUGGAUCAAUAGAGAAUGGAGCAGGUGGUCAAUAUUCUGCCAUUCUUUCUUUGCUUCCCCCGAGUUUCAGAUGCUCUAGUCACAGCCCGUGUGUCACAAGCAGGGCUGUCCCUGAAUGUUGCCAGAGUUGACUGUGCUGAUUUUUCACUCUUUGUUUCCCCUGCCUCCAUCUUGUUCAGCUCUUGUGCCUUUAAUUCUCUCUCCCAAGGCCCCAGACUCCCACUGUCAUGAAGGACUCUGAGCUCCCGUGGUGCCCUAGGCAAUGAAGCUUUGGCUCUGAAGGUGGUGAUUUGCUUGAGGAUGUGGGGUGGGGUUCUAUUUUAGAGCUCCUGAAAUCUGCCCCACUGGGGACCUCAGUCCUGCCCAACGAGCAGCCUGACUAUACCAACAGGGUCCAGGGACCCAGAGUCUCUGACUUUGUAUCCAUGAUGCACAGAUGGGAUGGGACAAGCUAUGCCAGCCGAGGGACACCUGGCAGGGCUUGUCCCCAGCACUGGUGCAUUUACGUGUGUGUGUGUGUGUGUGUGUGUGUGUUGCCAUGUGGGCUGUGAAUAGUACAUAUGGCUGUGUAUGUGGGUCCGACAUGAACAUGUCACUGUAUCCACAUGGGUCUGGGUCUGUGCCCACAGGUUUUCUGUGUGUUCCUGUGUAUCUUUUUCUAGCUGUGUGAGUGUGGGUAUGUGCUCUCUGCAAACAGCAGGUGUAUAAGAAGGGCCCUGAAGCCUGUGCCCAAGGGGGAGGAGAAGGGCUGGCCACAGGUGACCCAUUGAUCCCUUUCACUGUCCUCAUUGCCACUGACUGCAUUGCUGACCAUAUCGAGGGCUCUGACUAGAGCACAGAAGGCACUGGUCAGGGAGAGAAUUGGAGGUGGGCUCUCACAGCCCGGGCCAGGACAGAGCCCCCUCCAUCCUGCCCUUAUUUCCCAGCCUGGAUGUUGGUCCCUCCUGCUGCUCUGCAUCUGCCCAAAGGCCUGGCUCCCUGGCUGCACUGCUCAGACCUUUCCAGGAAAGCUCCCAGGAUUCUCUUGGUCCUCAGAUUCUGAGGCAAGCUGGACUUUUCCCCUGGCUGACCCAGGGAGAAGGACAGGCAUGGCUCUACUCUGUGAAGGUUUGAGGGUUUACAGCUGUUACUACCUAUGGAAAAAAAGAAAAACAACAAACCAAAACAAAAAAACCACUCUCCCCCCUCCCAGCCCUGGUAAGCAUGCUUGGCAAUGGGAUUGUCUCCAUCUCACAUGCCAGAAAGCUGAGUGAGGCCAGGGUGGGGAAGGAAAUGAUUUGAGGACAUGAAGUAAAACAGCUGAGAUGGAGUCAAUUUUCUAUCAUUUAAUCUCCAUUUAGGGAAUUGGGGGUCAGAGAUGGAGCAAUAAGAUACCAAGCCCUAUGAGCUCCAGUCGGAGGGAGGGGCCGGGAGGAAGAGAGCAGGACACAGAAAGCGAUGACACAUAACAGAUGUGCUAUGAUGUGAACAGGGCUAGGGGAACCUCAGCGGAUGGAGUCCGUUCUGGGGCAGGGGAUGGAAGAGGGGAGAUCCAGGAAGGUUUCCAGGAGUAGCCAGCACCAGGGGUGGCCAUUACAGCAAGCCACUCUACUUUACAGACCAUUCUGUUAGACAAAGUUGGCAAUGUUGAAUUGCACUGGGUUGAAAAUUUGGGGACCGACUGUGGCAAAAUUUAAAUGUUAGGUGUGUGGAGGGAUGGGGAGCCAGAAAAAUGAGAGAAGGACAAUCAGAGGCGAAAGGUUUGGAGAAAGGUCAGGGUGAACAGAGGGCCAGACAGGCCUGGUGGCGGAGAGACACAGAGUGCUGAGCUCUAGGAACAGCAGUGGGGGUGGGGAAAAGGGGACAGUUUCAGAGACACUGCAGGGGCUUGAACUGACAGAACUGGGGCAUGACU